AUGGCCUCCCAAGGAGGCCUCACGCGGAGGCGUGGCGCAGGGGGGGUGACCUCGCCAAACGGAGAUGAAGAGUCGAGCCGCGUGGCUUCUCCCGGUCCCAAAAACUAUCCUGACCGCACUCCUGACACGGCAUAUGAGAACGGCGAGAAUGGCCACAGGAUUGCCUACGAUCCCAGGGAUCUCACCGAGAGCGCCGAACGUAGUAAACAACCCAAGUUGACACUGAUGGAGGAGAUCUUGUUGUUAGGCCUGAAGGAUAAGCAGGGAUACCUCUCAUUCUGGAAUGAUAACAUAUCGUAUGCUCUGCGAGGGUGCAUAGUUAUCGAAUUGGCCUUCCGGGGUCGUAUCAGCAUGCAAAACGAUUCUGGUCGGAGACGCUUCCCUCUGGCCGACCGAAUAAUCGAAGUCGUCGAUGACACACUUACGGGGGAAGUCCUUCUCGACGAGGCUUUGAAGAUGAUGAAGUCGAGUGAGAAAAUGAGCGUCAGCUCUUGGAUCGAUCUUAUGAGCGGCGAGACCUGGAACCUCAUGAAGAUUGGCUACCAAUUGAAACAAGUUCGAGAGCGCUUGGCCAAAGGUCUGGUAGAUAAGGGUAUUCUGCGCACGGAGAAACGAAACUUCCUUUUGUUCGAUAUGGCUACCCAUCCUGUGGUCGACUCUGGCGCCAAAGACGAAAUCCGAAAACGAGUCCGGAACGUCUGUUCAAAUCGCACUGUUGUCCUCCCUCCCUCGCAAUUUCUCCCUGCAGAGCUCGAAUUCAGAAUGCUCCGAACGAUCAGUAUGGUUUGUGCAGCCUAUGCGGCAAACGUUCUCGAGAACGCUCUGGCGACUAUGGGCCAUGAAGCAAGAGAGCGAGCAUUCGCACAGGUCGAUGAACUCCUGGCGGAGUACAGUCAGUGGCCAUUUGCCAAACGAACUGGAGGCAGUCAAGGUAUUGGAGCCAACAUAGGCCAGGUAGUCGGAGACGAAGUUGAGAAGAACAAAGACAAAGAGCUACAGCUCGAGGUGGUCGCAGCAUGUUUGAGCGUGUUUACAAGGCUGGACUCCUUGCUAUAG